AUGACUUCUCAGGCGUUCAAAGCGGCAUAUGAAGCGCAUGUGGCCGAGCGUGCACAGCAAGGGAUCCCACCUCUGGCACUGGAUUCGAGCCAGGCAGAGAGCGUGGUGGAAAUGCUGAAGAAGGCACCCGCUGACGGCUCCUUCUAUGUGGAUCUUCUCCGCAACAGGGUGAACCCGGGUGUCGACGACUCUAGCUACGUGAAGGCCAACUUUUUGCGUGAUAUCAUGCACGGCAAAGUUUCCACUCCGCUCAUCUCCAAGGUUGAUGCAGUGGAGAUGCUGGGAUGGAUGCAGGGCGGUUACAACGUGGCUCCCUUGGUGGAGGCGUUGGAGCUGGAUCAGGAAAUUGCUGAGGCGGCCUCGGUGGGUCUCAACCGAAUGAUCUUGAUGUUCGAUGCUUUCUACGACGUGGAAGAGAAGAUGAAGAAGGGCAAUCCUUAUGCCAAGAAGGUCAUGGAGUCCUGGGCAAACGCAGAGUGGUUCACCAACCGCCCUGAGGUGCCCGAGAAGGUGACUUUGUGUGUCUUCAAAGUGACCGGCGAGACGAACACCGAUGACCUGUCUCCAGCUCCAGAUGCCUGGUCUCGUCCGGAUAUUCCGUUGCAUGCUCUGGCCAUGCUGAAGUUCCCACGCGAUGGCAUCACCGACGCUCCAAACCAGAUUGCCGAUCUGAAGAAGAAGGGUCAUCCCCUGGCCUAUGUUGGCGACGUGGUUGGCACGGGCUCAUCACGAAAGUCAGCAACCAAUUCCAUUCUGUGGUACAUGGGUCAGGACAUUCCUUGCGCCCCAAACAAGCGCACAGGGGGCUUUGUGAUUGGAAGCACCAUUGCUCCGAUCUUUUUCAAUACCAUGGAGGAUUCCGGCGCUUUGCCACUUGAGAUGGACGUGAAGGACUUGGCCAUGGGGGAUUUGAUUGACCUUUGCGUCUACGAACAAGUGGUGAAGAAGCACGGCACCAGCGAUGUCCUGGUGAACUUCGGCUUGAAGCAUGAACUGAUGCUGGAUCAGGUCCGCGCUGGCGGACGCAUCCCGCUGAUCAUCGGCCGUGGGCUGACGAACCGCGCCCGUGAAGCGAUGUCCUUGGGCCCAACGACCACCUUCAAACAGAUGGCGCAGCCAGAGGUGAACGUCAAGGGCUUUUCGCUGGCGCAGAAGAUGGUCGGAAAGGCCUGCGGUGUGGACGGCGUGGUGCCGGGCGCCUACUGCGAGCCGCGCAUGGGCACCGUGGGCUCCCAGGAUACCACUGGACCAAUGACCCGCGACGAGCUGAAGGACUUGGCUUGCCUUGGUUUUCAGGCAGACCUUGUCAUGCAAUCCUUUUGCCACACGGCUGCCUAUCCAAAGCCAGUGGAUGUGAUCACUCAUCGCACCCUGCCCAAGUUCAUCGCGGACCGCGGCGGCGUGGCCCUGCGCCCGGGCGAUGGCAUCAUCCAUUCCUGGCUGAAUCGCAUGCUGCUGCCUGAUGAGGUUGGCACAGGUGGCGAUUCGCACACCCGCUUCCCGCUGGGCAUCUCCUUCCCCGCGGGGUCGGGCUUGGUGGCCUUCGCCGCCGCCACCGGGGUCAUGCCGCUGAACAUGCCGGAGUCCGUGCUGGUGCGCUUCAGCGGCACCUCGGAGCGGAAGUUCCAGCGCAAGAUGCAGCCUGGCGUGACAUUGCGCGACUUGGUGCAUGCUAUCCCAUACUAUGCCAUCCAACAGGGUCUCCUCACAGUGGAGAAGAAGGGCAAGAAGAAUAUCUUCAAUGGACGUAUUUUGGAGAUCGAGGGUCUUCCAGACCUGAAGUGCGAACAAGCCUUCGAGCUCUCCGAUGCCUCCGCUGAACGUUCCGCUGCGGGAUGCACCAUCAAGUUGAACAAGGAGCCUGUGGUUGAGUACCUGAAGUCCAACAUCACGCUGCUGAAGUGGAUGAUCUCCCAGGGUUACAGCGACCCUCGCACCUUGGCCCGGCGUGUGAAGAAGAUGGAGGCCUGGUUGGAGGCUCCAGAGCUCAUGGAGGCAGACAAGGAGGCCGAGUAUGCGGCUGUCAUCGACAUCAACUUGGACGAACUGAAGGAGCCAAUUCUGUGCUGCCCCAACGACCCUGAUGACGCAAAGAAGCUGUCCGAGAUCGGCACCAACAACAUUGAUGAAGUCUUCAUCGGCUCCUGUAUGACGCGUCUUGGUCACUACCGCGCCGCCGGAAAGAUGCUGGGCCAGUUCGAGGGUCAGCUUGGAACACGCCUGUGGAUUGCGCCACCCACCAAGAUGGAUGAGGAGCAGUUGACCAAGGAGGGCUACUACUCCGUCUACGGCAAGGCUGGCGCCCGCACAGAGAUGCCCGGCUGCUCCUUGUGCAUGGGCAACCAGGCGCGCGUGGCCGACAACGCCACAGUGGUGUCCACCUCCACCCGUAACUUCCCCAACCGCUUGGGAAAAGGCGCCAAUGUCUUCCUGGCCUCCGCAGAGUUGGCUUCCGUGGCGGCCAUUCUGGGCCGACUGCCAACCCCAGAUGAAUAUCUCAAGUACCACUCCGAGCUGGCCAAGAAUGAGGAUUCCAUCUACCAGUACCUGAACUUCGAUCAGGUCGAGGAGUAUGUGGAGAAGGCAAACUCCGUGAAUAUGAGCGAGCUCGCAUAG